UUGUCCACUCAGACGUCGCCAACAUGUUCAAGCUUGUGCUGAUCGUCGUUGUGGCCGCCUGCUGCGUGAGCGCCGCCCCCAAGGCCGGCCUCGCCCCCCUGGCCUACUCCGCGCCCCUGGUGGCCGCCGCCCCCGUGGCCUACGCCGCCCCCGCUCCUGCCGUCGUGACGGCGCACAGCUCGCAGUACAUCGCGCAGAACUUCAACGGACUCGCCGUGGCCCCCGCCGCCCCCGUCGUCGCCGCUGCCCCUGCAGUCGCUGCCGCGUACCACGCAGCUCCCGCCUUUUAUUACAAAUAAAUAGCCACUGAUUGACACACCUAUAUUUAACAAAAAAAUAAAAUCAUCUUAUUAUCAAUAA